AUGAAGUUUCCAUUCUUAACAUAUGGAGCUGAGCUCUUCUUCCUCGCAGGAACCACACUUUUAUUGGUGUUUAUUGUUCUUUCAGGUUCCAUUGACCAUGCUCCAAUCAACCGUUUCUACUGGGUCGAAGGUGACACAAGUGGUAUUCCAAAUGCUCCAAACACGUCACGUUGGACUUACUGGGGUUUGAUUAACAGAGAUGAUAACUCGUAUUCAGUUUCUGAGCUCUCCCCAGCUUACCCAAUUUCACCAGUUGACAACUUCCGCACAAAUGAAAACGUUCCACAGAGUUUUAUCGACAACAGGGAUGUCUUCUACAACUUGUCAAGAUUUGCAUUCGCAUUCUACUGGAUUACUCUUGCAUUUGUUGGUGUUGCCUUAAUCCUCUCUUUGUUCCUUGUGUGCUCUUAUUCUAUUGUCAAAAUCAACGGCUGGCUCCUUUCAGGUGCAUUGCUAUUCGGUUCCGGUGCUGCUGCUUUUGAAACAGCUGUUGCUGUCAUGGCUAGAAAUGCAUUCCACGAUGCUGACAGAUAUGGUCACAUUGGAACAAAACUUAUGGCCAUCGCUUGGACCACUGUUGCUUGCCUGAUUAUCCUCUUCUUCUUGUCAUGGGGUGGUUUCUGCGUGGCUUCCUACAGAAGACACAAAGAGAGAGCUGCUGUUUACAACACGGAAGUAGCACCAGCACCAGUUCACGACAUUGAUGUUCCACCACAGGUUGAUGAUUCCUACCCAGAGCAACAAGCACAGCAAACAAAACCAGCAGAGAGUGGUAUUAAGUUCUUCAAGAUCAGACGUCACAACAAUGACCAAGAAUCUGUUUGA